AGUACCGUAAUACAAAGGUCAACACAACGACACACAAACAUGAACUUGCAAUCAUUCCGCUACAAUACGAGUUGAUUUAGGUGAGAUUUCAAGGCGUUUUCAACGUAUUUACGAAAUGAGUGAUUGUGUUGUAAAUGUGCGAGAAGGAAAAGUGAGAGGAAAAAUUUCGACUGACUUUGAGGGCAAUCAUUUCUACAGUUUCCAGGGAAUACCUUACGCCAAACCACCACUUGGUAAUCUUCGUUUUAAGGCACCUGAACCACCUGAAAAAUGGAACGGAAUACUAGAUGCGACAGAAAAUGGAAACGAAUGUUAUGCCAGAAAUAAUACUUAUUCGCGUUCGGAGGACUGUCUAUUUAUAAAUGUUUUCACAAAGGAGAUUCAAGCCAAGAGACUGAGACCUGUGAUGUUUUGGAUACAUGGUGGAGGUUUCACCACUGGCUCAAGUCAUUCAGUCAUUUAUGGUCCAGAAUACCUCGUUACUCAAGAUGUGGUUUUGGUUACCUUCAACUAUAGACUAGGUGUACUAGGAUUUUUAAGUCUUGAAGACAUCACCUUAGGAGUUCCAGGGAACGCAGGUUUAAAGGAUAUGGUAAUGGCACUUCAGUGGGUCCAAAGCAAUAUCAGAGACUUUUCAGGGGAUCCAAACAAUGUGACAAUUUUUGGUGAAAGUGCGGGGGGAGCGUCAGUUAAUCUCCUGAUGUUGUCUCCGAUGGCGAAAGGAUUAUUUCACAAAGCUAUAGCCCAAAGUGGUUGUGCUCUUAAUGGUUGGGCAAGAGGUAAAAAACAUAGUAUACACUUAUUAGCUGAAAAAUUAGGAAUCGAAAGCACUAACGACAGAGUUAUUCUUGAACAAUUGCAGAAAGUAUCUAUAGAAGAUUUAUCUAACGCUGCAAACAAAUUAGUAGAUCCGUUUUAUGUAGGAAAAAUUAGACCUUUUGGGCCAAUUGUGGAAAUAAAAUCCCCAAAAUCUUUUCUAAGCGAGGAACCGAUUAACUUAAUAAAAUCAGGCAGGUACCAUAAAGUGCCUUUAAUAAUGGGAUACUGUUCCAGAGAGGGGAUAUUUGUGUACGGAAUGUGCACUACUACUAAGGGUAGUCACUUAUUGAUUGACGAAACAAUUAUACCUUAUUCGAUGAAUCUGAGGAUAGGGAGUGAUCAGUACAAUUCAGUAGUCAGUAGUAUUAAAAAAUUCUAUUUCAAUGACAGAGAUCCAUCGGAAAAUAAAGAUGAUAUAUAUAGGCUUUACACGGAUAACUUCUUUUUAUUGGAUAUAUACAAUUCAGCAAGAUAUUUUUCAGAGACAGGAAAUAGUCCUACAUACUUUUAUCGGUUCUCCUUAGAUACCGCGUUGAACUUCAUGAAAUCUUUGUAUGACAUAGAAGAGCCAGGUGCCUGUCACGCCGAUGAAUUUUCCUACCUUUUCAAAAACGGGUUUGCCCCUGAAGAUAUUGAACCCGAAAGUUCUGAGUUUGUCGGAAUACAACGAAUGAUCAAACUUUGGACAAAUUUUGCAAAAUAUGGUAAUCCUACACCAAGCAAUAAGGACAAAGUACUAUCUACGAUCUGGAAACCGCUUGAACCCCAACGAUUUAACUAUCUAAAUAUUGGGGAUGAUUUAGAAAUGAAAAUCGACCCCGAAAGAAACGCUAUGGAUUUCUGGAACAACCUGUAUAAAGAAACCUCUGUACCUAAAGCUAAACUAUAAUCAUAUUUUUUUAUAUAUAAUUUGAUGUGCCGAAAAGUACUGUUUAAAUAAAAAAUUUCUGUGUCACUUUA